GCAGACCUUUAUAGAGAAACAGGUGAUAAGAGUCCUCAUACUUAAAGACUCCAUUAACAACAGCACUGAUCCAGGAGCACACACAGAGCAAAGCAGGCGGCAGACAACAUGGCAAGUAAGAAAGCUGCUGCUAAGAGGGGGAAAACUGCUCAAAGGGGCUCCUCCAAUGUCUUCUCCAUGUUUGAGCAAUCACAAAUACAGGAGUUUAAAGAGGCAUUUGGCUGCAUAGAUCAGAACCGGGAUGGAGUUAUUAACAAAUCUGAUCUGAAGGAAACUUAUGCACAGCUAGGAAAGCUGAAUGUGAGCGAUGAAGAGCUGGAGUCUAUGUUAGCAGAGGGAAAAGGGCCCAUCAACUUUACUGUCUUCCUCACUCUCUUCGGAGAAAAGCUCAAUGGCACAGACCCAGAAGAAACCAUUCUUGCUGCUUUUAAACUGUUUGACCCAAAUGCUACAGGAGUUGUCAAUAAGGAUGAGUUCAGGAGGCUGCUAAUGAACCAAGCUGAUAAAUUCACAGCAGAAGAGGUUGACCAGGCUUUUGCAGUGGCUCCAAUUGAUGUGGCUGGGAAUAUUGACUAUAAAUCACUUUGCUACAUUAUCACACACGGUGAUGAAAAGGAGGAGUCUUAAAUAAAAGCAAAUCUUCCAUUUCACUUGAACCUCCUCAGUUUAGUUCUGUCUGCAAUUCUGUUCAUGUCAACCCUCGGGCAUAUCAAGAGCUUUCGUUAUUACACUGCAUUUCACAACAAGAUUUCUUGAUCUGGUAUUUCUAGAUAUAAUAUAGGCAAGGAGUGAUGCAUAUCUAUUGCUUGCUGUCACAUGUAUUGUACUGUUAGGAGCAGUGCAGUAUAAGACAACACGGUUUCGUAACACAAACAGUGUUCUUUUAUGUUUUUAACAGAAAUAUAUAUAUAUGAAGACCAGCUCACUGACUUCAGUUUUAUAAAAUUACAUCUUUUAUCAUCGUGCAGAAUGCAUACAUAUUAUUGGACUAAUACCAAACAUAACUAACUGAACUUUAGAAAAGGCCAUAAUGUUAGGAUAUUUGCUCACUUGUAAAUUCUGUCUGUAAUUGCUGCCCCCCACAGACAGUUUGUUGAACUGCAAAUCGAAACUGGAACUUUGUGAGGCCCUUGAAUUCUUGGCACAUUUUCUCAAACCUCUAAUAAACUUCAUACUCAGUUGC